GAGUGCAGUGGGCGAGGAGCGGGUGUUGGUCUUCUGAUCCAGGGUAUCACUCAGGGAGGAUCUAGCUGGCAGAGGAGACUGGACCUAGCACAUGGCGUCUCAGUGGCAGGGCAUGACGGCCUCGAUGCGCAGACGAUCGCUCCUAAAGGAGGAACAUCUAGAGAAGGGGGUGACCCGGUCUGCUGAGGGCCAUCUGGGCUCCCUGUGCAGACAGUUUCAAAGGAGGCUGCCACUGAGAGCCGUCAGCCUCAACCUGGGGACUGGCCCCUCCUGGAAACGCCUGGAAACUCCAGAACCAGAGCAGCAGGGUCUUCAGGGUGCAGCUCGCUCAGCCAAAUGCGCCUUGGGUGCUAUGUCCCAGAGAAUCCAGGAGUCGUGCCAAAGCGGCACCAAGUGGCUGAUGGGAAGACAGGUGAAAGUGAGGAGAAAACGAGAAGCCCAGAAGGACCGUGGGUCCCCAACACCCAGUCUGAACCAGAAGAACACUCGGCUAUGCAGGGCCAACCGGGAUGCCAGAGUUGGGGGAAAUCCUCGCCUCUCUGGCCAGAUGGGUUCACACGGCCAUCGACGCCAGCGGCUAAGGAGGGAGGCUGCCCUCCGGAGCCCCUGCUCCUCCACAGAACCUCUCUGCUCUCCCAGUGAGUCUGACAGUGACCUAGAGCCUGUGGGAGCUGGAAUCCAGCAUCUUCAGAAGCUGUCCCAAAAGCUGGACAAAGCCAUCAAGGCUGAAGAGAGUGGUGACAUGACUGUCUCCCUUAUCUGUGAAUGAGGACAACAAGCAUCCUACAGGAAACAGGCCCUGUCCAGCCAUCAAGUCACCAGAAUGUCUGUGCCACCCACCCCAUGAACUUCCAGGAGGA